AUGUUUGCCACACGCGUUGUAAAAUCACGCCUUCUGCUCGCACCCAUGCGAUCUCUCUACAGGAAUAAGACACCAGAAUCCAAGGCUUUGAUAACGAAUAUGGCUAUUCACGAUCACGUGUUGGAACGAUUCGACACCAUAAUAAAGUCGGAAAAUGAUGACAGAUUUUAUAGAGGAUUAGUGCUAGCUAAUAAAAUGAAAGUGCUUUUAAUAAGUGAUCCAGGGACUGACAAGAGUGCUGCUGCAUUAGACGUUAACAUUGGCAGCAUGUGCGAUCCCGACGACUUGCCCGGUUUGGCGCAUUUUUGCGAGCACAUGUUAUUCCUGGGAACUGAAAAAUAUCCCGAGCAGAACGAUUACUCCAAGUAUCUGUCGGAGAACAGCGGCGUCAGCAACGCGACAACGUACUUAGAUCAUACCACGUAUUAUUUUGACGUGAGCCCGACGAAAUUGGAGGGUGCCUUGGAUCGUUUCGCUCAGUUCUUUCUGACACCUCUCUUUACGGAUACGUUGACCGAACUGGAGCUAAACGCCAUCCACUCGGAGCAUUUGAAAAAUCUGGCGUGCGAUAUUUGGCGAUUCGAUCAACUGGAGAAGUCGACCGCGAACCCCCGCCAUCCAUAUUCCAAGUUUGGCACGGGAAAUAGGGAGACGUUGGAUGUGCUACCGAAACAGAUGGGCAUCAAUGUUCGGGAGAGACUGCUCGAGUUUCACGAGAAAUAUUAUUCCGCUAAUAUCAUGUCGCUCUGCGUUCUUGGCAAAGAGAGUUUAGACGAACUCGAACAGAUGGUAGUAAAUCUCUUUAGUCAGGUGCGAAACAAGGAAAUCGAUGUCCCAGUAUGGCGUGAGCAUCCGUUUAAUGACGAGCAUUUUCGUACCAAAUGGCACAUCGUGCCAAUAAAGGAUAGAAGGAACCUACACGUUACGUUUCCUAUACCAGACUUGCAUCAACAUUAUCAAGCUGCGCCGUCGUAUUACGUCAGCCACUUGCUGGGACACGAAGGGGAAGGAUCUCUGUUGUCGGCUUUGAAAACGAGGGGUUGGUGUAACUCUCUCAUAUGCGGAAAACACGCGUACGCUCGAGGUUUUUGCUUUUUCAUUCUUGUCGUCGAUCUCACUGAGGAAGGUUUCAAGCAUACCGAUGAUAUCAUCACACUAAUGUUUCAAUAUAUCAAUAUGUUAAAGAAACAAGGCCCAAUCGAAUGGAUCUACAACGAAUAUCGAGAUUUGGCGAAUGUGAAUUUCCGUUUCACGGAGAAGCAGCAGCCUCGCUUGUACGCGUCCUCCAGAGUCUCAGGACUGUGGGAUUAUCCAAUGAAUGAAGUUCUGUGCGCGGAUCGCCUUUUCCCACAGUGGAAGCCAGAUUUGAUCGAUACGAUAGUGAAAUGUUUAACACCGCAAAAUAUUCGGGUUCACGUGGUUGCGAAAGCGUGCGAAGGUACAGCGAAUGAAACUGAACAUUGGUACGGCACUAAAUAUAAAAAGGAGAAAAUAUCGGCAGAAGUAAUUGACAUGUGGGAGAAUGCCGGUUAUAAUUCGGAAUUGCACUUACCUGCCAGAAAUGAGUUUAUUCCGUCGAGAUUGGAUAUAAAACCACGGGACGAAAAUGUAAAAGAGUUCCCCGCGAUCAUAGAAGACACAUCGUUCGUGAGACUUUGGUAUAAACGGGAUGACGAAUUCUCAGUACCAAAAGCCAAAAUGUUUUUUGAUUUUGUCAGUCCAUUUGCCUAUAUGGAUCCAGUUAGCUGCAACUUGGGUUAUAUGUUUGUCCAGCUAUUGCAAGACUCGUUCACCGAGUAUGUUUAUCCCGCCGAUUUAGCUGGUUUACAUUGGAAGCUCAGCUAUACGCAAUAUGGAAUAACACUCAGCAUAUUUGGCUACGACGACAAGCAACACCUGUUGUUGGAAAAGAUCGUGGACCGAAUGCUGAACCUCAAGAUCAAUCCGGAGAGAUUCGAGAUUCUAAAGGAAGAUUAUAUCAGAGAUUUGAAAAAUUUUGCGGCCGAGCAACCGUAUCAUCAUGCAAUCUACUACCUUGCACUUUUGUUAGCGGAGCAAGCCUGGACGAAAAAUGAAUUGUUAGACGCGACCGCUUAUCUGACUGUCGGUAGAAUUCAAGCGUUCAUACCGCAGCUGUUUAGCAGAGUGCACGUGGAGUGUCUGAUACACGGGAACAUGACCGAGAAGGAAGCCCUGGAUAUGGUUAGACUGAUCGAGUCGAAAUUGAAAAGCGCGAUGCCUCACAUAACGCCAUUGUGGCAGCAGCAGCUGGUGGUGCAUCGUGAGAUCAGGCUCGACGACGGUCGCCACUUUCUAUUCCAAACGGAAAACAAAUUGCACAAGAGCUCGUGUACGGAAGUGUACUACCAAAUCGGUAUGCAGUCGACAGAGUUGAAUAUGUUGCUACAGCUUCUAGCUCAGAUUAUCGGCGAGCCCUGUUUCAAUGUUUUACGAACUCAGGAACAAUUAGGCUACAUAGUGUUCAGUGGUGCGCACAAGGUAAACGUGAUGCAAGGCCUUAAAAUCAUAGUUCAAAGUGACAAGCAGCCGCGAUACGUUGAAAAACGAAUCGAUUUGUUCAUCGAUUCUAUGUUCGAUUACAUAUCUACCAUGUCCGAAGAGAAAUUUGAAAGACAUAAGAAUUCUCUGGCGACGUUGCGUCUCGAGAAGCCGAAAAAGUUAUUUUAUCGGACCAAUAUAUUGUGGAGCGAGAUUUCGGCACAGAAAUACAAUUUCGAUCGAGUGAACAUCGAGGUGGCUUAUUUGAAGACCAUAACGCGGGAGCAAUUGUUAAACUUUUUCAAGGAAAAUAUACACGGCAAAGCUCGACGUAAAUUAUCAUUGCACGUGAUCUCUACAGCGACGGACGACGAUGAAUCGGCAAAGGAGGAACUCGUCGCGGAAGAGGAACUUGAGAAAAUCAACGACAUCUUCGCGUUUAAACGCAGUCAAUCCUUGUAUCCGAUGUUAGAGCCGUAUAUACAUCAAUUCCCUAAAAAAGGCAUAUACUCCUCCAAGCUGUAAAUCACUCGACCGUAAACCUCUCUCUUUGUGACAAAACUCCCGCCUCUUACUUCUAUUCAUCGUGCGAGGUAUACUGAUGCGAAGAAAAUAAAACCUUCUUCCUUUACAUGGCGCGAUUGAUCUUUGAGCGAUAACGCGGGUUAAUGCCGCGUCCUUCAUGAAUUGCUUCCCGACUUAUUUCGCAGGAAUUCUGUUCCUUUAGACUGAGGAUUCGUUAGCUGUAUUGGAAUGUUUGCGAAACGCCGGGGACAAAUCUCUAUGAAUAGAUUUUACAAUUACGCGCGCGCGCGCGGUGUAUAGACAAUUUUUAUUCUCCAACAGUAUCGUUCAAUUAUUAUGCAUAUUAUUAUGUAAAUUCUAUCAGCUUGAAAUCGAUAUGUAAUAUGCGUACGAUUGGCAGCUUCCAACGACGACUUCUCUGCAAUCAAUAAGAAAAAAAUUAUUACAAAGACAAAUUAUCCUCUUUCACAAGUCGCACGCGACUUUUCAUUCGUUCUGCCCUACCACAUUUGUAAGAUGUUGAUGAUGUGUUUAACAUCUUAACUUUAAAAUAUCUCUCGACCGAGGCAUUUGGCUUUUGCCGAUAAUGAAAUGCAAAAUGCAGAUGUUGUUACGGUUUGCACUGUGAUGCAAACUGUUUCUCAAAGAUAUCUAUUUUUUUCUAUAUUCUUCUGGUUUUUUAGAAAUUAUAUACGUACGCACAUAUACAACCGAACAAUUUCCUGUCACAUGAUUUAUUCUAUGCCCGACGGAAUGAUAACUAAUAAUAAUAUUAAAAUAUAUGGAAAUUUUCUUAAAAAAGGAAACAAAAUUACAGAAAUAUUCCUCAGUCUUUCUAUUCGCGCGAGUUUAGCAUCCAAAAUUGUAUUAAAAAAAACACUU